AUGGGAGAGAUAUGUGAGUUUGACUUUGCUAAUAGAGACAAAGAGUUACAGCGCAUAAGGAGCCGGCUAUUGCACGUUCAAGGCCGACUGAGAAUUCUAUCUCCGGAAGUUGCCAGUCUGCUUCACAAGAAAACCGAGCUGGAACACUCCCUGAAGACUUGGUCCAGGUUUGAUUCCGUUGGAGAUGCAGACUUAUUGAACUUGGGAGAAGAAGGUGACAUAUCCCGACCGACCACUCAGGAUAACAGGCUGCAGCAAGACCGCCAAGAAAGUCGACCCUCAUACAACCGACCGCCCGCCGUUAACCUCCCAUUUACCGUUGAACCAUCUCUAUCAACAGACCAAACCGAUGAUGACCACAGACCGUUGAUAACAUCCCCUGAGUCCAGGCGAUUAGCGAGGGAGUUUGCCGAAUCAACAAGGAGAGUUUCCUUUGCGUCAUCUCCUACCGUAACCGCUGGGGUGAAAGAGGUAGGAAGCGAAGUCUCAACGGCCAAGGAAACCGAACUGACGACCGAAGAUCCGCCGAUGAAACCGCCGAAAACUACCAAUUAUUCCGUUCCUACUGUUCCUGUAUGGAAAUGGAGCCUGACAUUUGAUGGGUCGACCAGUGUGACCUCGUUCCUGGAAGAGGCUGAGUAUCUUGCCGAGGCUAGAAAGAAACUGACCGUAAAGCGACCGACCGAGGAAGAGCAGGUGAAUAUCAUCCGACGACGUUUACUGCCAGAAUUGCAAACCGCCCUGGCCUUCCAAACGACUUCCACGAUAGAUGAACUGCUCCGAAAAGGAAAAGUUUUCGAAUUGGUCAAAUGGCAAGCUGCUAACUAUACUUCGCCACCGAUACAAAAAGGUCUCAUCAACGAACCGCAUCUUACUUUCCGAAAUCCCUCACCGAACGUCCAACCGAUCGGAAUGCACCUCAGCACACUGUCCGAACCGUCCGAUAAACCGAAACAUGUCCAAAACUCUACAGCACGUCAGAGACAAGAGGAACCGAAGAAUACCGUCCGACCGCCAACCGAAACCCAGUGCUGGAGAUGUGGUGGUAAGGGCCACCUACGAGUACAGUGUAAAUCGAAACCGAUACUUUUCUGCUCUCGAUGUGGUAAGAAGGGUAUAAUGUCCAGAGAUUGUCAGUGUCCGUUACCGAGGAACUCCCCAAAGAAAACCUUUUCUGAUAACCGUCCUAUAAUUACUGUUCUUAUAGGAGACAGGGAGUUCCAGGCACUAUUGGACACCGGAUCAACCAGGUCCUUCAUCAGCAGUGAAGUGGCUGCUCACUGCAAGGCCGCUAGAAUAAAUCCGAAUUAUGUUAGGGACGUUACCACCACCGUCGCUAACGGAAGUUCUAUCCCGAUUGAGGAAGUGUACACAGCACAGGUUCAGGUUGGAGCCGAAAAUAUUGAGGCUACGUGGUUGUUAGUUUGAGAUUUACCGAUCAGUGUAGUACUGGGAAUGGAUGUACUGAGAGCACACGACUUCUCCAUCAAUCUCCAAACCGCCGAAUGCUUUCUGAAUGGCAGGUCUAUAAAGGACAAGCCCAUGAUUCAGGAAAAGCAGAAUCAGAAUCCGUUAC